CUCAUCUUUUCCUCUUCCUGUGCCAUCCAGUGUGGGAUGGCACUAAGGGGAUCGCGAGGCUUUGUAAGGUGACUAUGCUGGGGCUGCGGAGCAGCGGGGCAUGAGCAAUCGUUGCUUUCAUGAGGGAGCUUCUGGUUUCCUUCCUCAUGAGGACAAGCUCAAGGGCCUUUCCUAUGGUACGUAGGUCCUUCACACACCUAGGACUGGGCACGAACUCAACCAAGGUUAUUCAGCUGCUGGGACGUGCUUUCUUUCCUGUCCAUUUGAGCUGGGAUUCCCUUUUAUUUCCCAGCUGCUUGCUCUGCACUAGUUCCUGACUCACCACAAAAUGCCAUUGCAAAGCAGUCUUGCAUCAGGGCCAUUUCCCAUUAGCAUGCCGGUCUGAGUCUUCUUGUUCCUGUGCUGCUUGGUCCUUCUCUGUCCCUUUGUAACAUGCCAAUAUACCCCUCCUUGAUAUUUUUUUUCCCCCCACACGCUGGAAUUGCACUGGAAUGUCUGCAUAUUACUCAUUGCUGCCUGAUUCCACUUGCUGAUUCACCCUGAACUGUUGCGCAUAUAUAUAUAUAUAUUCCUUUCUGUUUUAAUGAAUGAGAAAAGUAUCCCUCUAGCUCCUAAUUUAACAUUUAGGGGCAAAUGUGAAAGCUGCAUCCACAGAGAGGGGUAAAGGGCUUACUGAGGAAACUGCAAAUAAGUAGGCGAAAAGGGAAUUUUUAGCAGGAACAGCCUCCGAGAAGGAGUUAAUAUAAGGGUAAGCUGAAGCAAACUGAAUGAUCUGUGUAGCAUGACCAAAUCCCCUUGCUGCCAAACAGCAAGAAAUGGCUUGGCCAUUUUGUGACAGCCACCACUGCACCAGGGCACUGCAGUUUUCCAGCCUUUCUCUGAAGAGCGGGAAGGUGGCUGGGACCAUGCGGCAGGCUCCGCGAGGCAGGCGGCUCACUGAGGGGGACCUGGCGCAGCACUGCUCACCUCUCCUGCCUUUGUCUCCUGGUCCCCAUUCCCUGCCCUCCACCUGCCUCCCCAUCAGUUGGUCUUGCUCUGGCUGCCAUUUGGGAUGCCACCCAAGCAGCUUCGCUGCCCUCCUGUGUUCAGCGGCGCGUGUCCCAGCCGUGCUGGCUGGGGGGCUGCGGGUGCCAGCCGUCCUUCCCCUCCGAGAAGCCCCACUGGUGCAGCGCAGGUAAGCAGGGCUGCUCUGCAGCCAGGCUGGAUGUGGUCACCAUCGUGCUUCCUUCCUCAGUGGGAAGGAGACUGGAUCGGUGUGUGAAGUGACCUGUUCCUGGGAGCAAGAACCGGGAACGCCAGCAGAUAGACUGUAGUGCGUGCGUUUCCUUGAGGGCUUCAACUUGCUAAUAUAAGGGAGUUGCUGUCAGACCAAGUGACCAUGACUGAGAAGACCCAAGAACCUCAUGUGGAGGAAGAUGAUGAUGAGCUGGAUGGGAAACUCAACUACAAGCCUCCUCCCCAGAAAACACUGCAGGAGCUGCAAGAGUUGGAUAAGGAUGAUGAAAGCCUCGCUAAGUACAAGAAGUCCCUGCUGGGAGAUGGACCUGUGGUAGUAGACCCAACAGCUCCCAAUGUGGUGGUCACCCGACUCACCCUGGUAUGUGACUCUGCUCCAGGACCGAUCACUAUGGACCUUACAGGUGACCUUGAAGCACUCAAGAAAGAGACCUUCGUAUUAAAGGAAGGAGUGGAAUACAGAGUUAAGAUCCACUUCAGAGUAAACAGGGACAUUGUGUCGGGACUGAAAUAUGUGCAGCAUACCUACCGGACAGGGGUGAAGGUGGACAAAGCCACAUUCAUGGUUGGCAGCUACGGGCCACGGCCAGAGGAGUACGAGUUCCUGACGCCUGUUGAGGAGGCUCCUAAGGGUAUGCUGGCUCGAGGCAGCUACCAUAACAAGUCCUUCUUCACGGAUGAUGACAAGCAUGACCAUCUCACCUGGGAGUGGAACCUGUCCAUCAAGAAGGAAUGGACAGAAUGAGUUCACCCAGUUUGCCUUCCCCCUUCCCAUCCCCUUGCCUCCUGCACCAGUCUCCAGGUGGGCCAUGCCCACCAUGCUGCUCCUUCCUGCCACCGUGGCCGGCCAUAGCCCUGGCAGCCCUUCCCAUGGGAGCUGGGGCUCUGUGCCAGCCUCGGUCGAUGCACAGGCCUGCAGGCAGCCUUUGCUGCUUCUUCUGAUACACUGAAAAUAACCCACCCGUUCUCACAACUGCCCCACCGUGACACAUAAAUGGGUUAAAUUGGGAAGCAUCUCCCUCCCUCUCUCCCAGUACUUCAUCCUGCUGCCUCCAUCUUUCCUGUACCAACUCCGGUCCCGGAAGUGCCUUUUCUAGGAAACAAGAUCACCUGGCAGGGCGGACUGGUCCCUGGAAAAUCCCUAUCUGAGUUACACUUGCCAUGUGCUCUGACUCAUUGUAAAUGGUUACUUACCUCCCGUGAUGGUCUCCUGGUCUGUAUCUGGUGCCCUACCCCAUUAAAAUCCAUCCUUGUGCAGGCAAAACCAGUCAGGGGGAAUGCAGCUAGAUGCUGUAACAAGACUUCAGUGUCCUAAGAAUAAAACCAGUUUCUUUCUUCUUU